CACUGACGUAUGACAACUCAGCGGAACUCUGGAAAUGAUUCUAUGUAAAAAAAAAAAUAGUUAUGGUUGGUUAUGGACUAAGACUAUUGAACUUGAACUUUGGAAUGAUUCGAAUUUAAUUGUUAUCUGCGCUGCUUGUCAUAUUUUAUCUUGGAGAAAGUGUUAAAAGUUAUUCUUAUCUUUAGGUUCUUUGUUUGCUGUGCUGGAUCUUGUUGGUUUUGGUGGUGUGCAGUGUGUCUCUUCAUUGUUAUGUGAGAACUUGUAAUUAUUUUACUUAGUACGGUCUGCCGGUAAUCCUAGUUAAUUUCCAAACUAUUUCGGAAUUAUUGUAAUACAAUUUUGAAUAACACCCCUGCAUGACUUCUGUGCUAAAAGGAAUUUACUGUCUGCUGAACCCUAAUCCAUUAUACAACCAUGGUAAUCCUAAAGUCACUCCUUUCCAUGGGAUUUGGACCUUCAAGAUUCUCUACAGCUUCUCUUAAAGGAAAUACUAGCACAGUACUAAGGUCGCUGGCCAUGCUGAUGUCCACGCAGGCCAUGUCACGUCAGACCCUCACCAAAUCUUUGGAGCUGGUGACCGCCGGACCAGUGCGAGUGGACCAGGGAGCAGUGAUGACGGAAACACCCCGCCCUCUUGUCGUCAUGCUUGCAUGGAUGCUGGCCAAGAAGAAACAUAUCAACAAGUACUGCGAGUUCUAUGUGAGGCGUGGCUGUGAUGUGCUUACCAUCAAUAUCACUCCUUGGCAACUGCUCUGGCCUGUCAGUGGCAGUCAGGUUGUGGCAGAUGAGGUGUUGCACUUCCUUCACAAGAACAAAUCGUGUCAACCGUUGUAUCUGCAUGGUUUCUCAGUUGGUGGUUACGUGUGGGGUGAGGUUAUGGUCAAGAUGAAACAGGACCUUCCUCGUUACCAACCUGUAAUUGAUAGGAUUGUCGGCCAGGCCUGGGACUCAGCAGCUGAUGUGACCGAAAUACAAGUGGGACUGCCAUUGGCCGUCUUUCCCAGGAAUCCAAUCAUGAGGAUGGCCCUCAGCAAAUAUAUUGCGUACCAUCUAAAAGCAUUUGAUGAGGAGGCCACAAGCCAUUACAUUCGCUCUAGUCAGAUGUUCCAUACAAGUCUGGUCCAUAGCCCAGCACUGUUACUGCUGUCCAAGACCGAUCCUGUCGGCUCGCUUGCCUCCAACCUGAGGCUCAAGGAAACAUGGGAGUCUAUGGGCAUCAAGGUGAGCUGGAAGUGUUGGGACGAUUCGAAACAUGUCAGCCACUACUUGAAAUAUAAAGAAGAGUACAUCAAAACUCUUGAAAACUUCUGGGACAGUUUAAACCUCACUAAGAAGAGUCAGCAGGAGGAGAAUCAAGCUGAGCAGCGGGAAGUACAGAGAGAGAAGUUUCAGGCUAAGUUGUAAUCCAUCCCACAUUUGUAUUAUCUCUUUUGGGACAGUUGUUUUACAAUAUGAAAAAAUCAUGACCAAGUCAAGUUAGGUGUGACAGACGAUUUUAGAGCCUUUAAAAACUGCUUGAACCAGUAAAUAUUUGCAAAAUGACAUUCCAGUAAGGUGGAAGAAUGUCUAUUAAACACCACUAGAAGCACUAUUAUACAAUAUAGGGCAUAUUUAAUUUAAGACUUAAAAGUCGUAUACAGAAGAAAUUGUUGUUAAAUUAAAAUCUACAAGAAUCACUUUUAAUGUGGCUUUAUAUGUUAUAAAGUAAUAGCGUUGACAUACAAAUCCUUAUACUCUUUACUUAUACUCUUUGACAACAAUAUACUCUUUUUUAAACUAAAAUCAAUAUUUUUUGUUACAGAUUAAAUGAACUAUAAGAUAAAAUAAUAGAUUAUUUGAAAAUAUCUUUAAUAGUUCACAAUAACAUAUCUGGCAAUAGUGAAUAUAAUAGUAACCCAAUGAAUGGUCUAAAGUAUGUAUUCUUUAAAGUAUUAAUGAUGUAAAAUCAUUUUCAGUUGUUCCAUCGAAACUAUUAUUAGGCCAAAUAAAUAUUACAGUUAAUUUUUGUUACUCAAGUUUGAACAGUUAAUUCUGUCAGUAUACAUAUGGUAUUUGUAGACAACGUAUUUUCAGGCUCCAACGUUGUCUUGUUUUUGUUUACCUGAUUAAAAAGAAUUAUCUUUCAUUAUGACUGCGUUGUUACAGUAACUUAACAACAUGUAUGUAACGUUUUUUUAUUUAACACUUCUCAAUGGAGUAAUAGAUAUGCAGUGCACUCUUUAUUACAAGCUCACACCAUAUAGAAUCCUCCGUUAUAAGUUUAAUGGCCAUGCAGUUGUUUUAUACUGAUAAUUAUAAUUUGAUGUUCCUCAGUUUGUUUGAAUAUAAUUUAGUAAUGUGUCCCUCAAAUUCCAUACAGUAUUCCAUUAAUGGUUUUUCAGUUUCAUUAAUUUUUUAUUUAAUAAGUUUUGUGUUUAUCUAUGGACACAGAUAAUUAUUUGUGGGCUGAAGACUUUUCAGACACAUCAACUGUAAUUUCUUUUCUCUUAUUUUAUUUGCUUCAAUAAAUACUUUCAUAUUGUAUCAGAAACUAAAGACACUGAUUAUUGAUAAAUAAGUCCAGUAAGCAAGAGGAACCAAAGACAUAUGCAAUGCUAUUCUUGUAUAUACUUAGUUAUUUUCUCAAUAAACAGUUUAUUACUUA